AAGAGCACACACUCUUUAAAUGUACAAAUGGAAAUGUACUAGAAGAAUUAAUUGGCUUACACAAAUAUAAACAUUCCAUCUAUAUGUAUAAUACGGUUUGUUGAUAUAAAACUAACUGACUGAUUGACUAAUGGACUGCGUGACUGACUGACUGACUGAGUGACUGAUCGGCUGGUUGAUUCAUUACGGGAUUCAUGAAUUGACCCAAUAACUGAUUGACUGACCGGCUGAUUGAUUGGUUAGAGGACUGAUUGACUGACUGGCAAAUUGAUUGACUUAAAGACUGAUUGACCGGCCCACUUAUUGAUUGACUAAGGGACUAAUUGACUGACUGCCGGCUUGAUUGACUUAAAGAAGCAUUAAUUAACAGGGUGAUUGAUUGACUAAGGGUUGAUUGACUGACCGAAGGCUUGAAUGCUUAAAGAUGAUUCACUGAUUGAUUGACUAACUAGCUGAUUGGUUGACUUAAGGACUAGCUGACUAAUUGAUUGAUUUAAGAACUUAAUGACUAACUGAAUUUCAAAUAUAAAACGGAAAACUAAAAUUAUAUUAUUGUAUUUUGCCUUCCGUUCGAAUUUAAAUCAUAUAUCCUUGCUCCAGUACACCAUUCGGUAUUCAAGGCGAACUCAGAAAUAUUUCAUACACAUUUCUAAUUGAAUGUGAGCUCAAAUUUGAUAACAUUUUUGUGGAUGGCGUGCAGGUGUGCUAAUUGCUGACCAGGCGGUUGCCAGCCAGAGGCAUGGAUGGUUGGGGUAUCGUCGGCCGUAUGGUUGCCAGGCAACGACCCGGCCAGGUAGUUGGCGUAAACAAAAGCGAAGCCAACAGUAGAACCACAACAAAUGAGCUAGAAAAAAUGUGCAUAAUUUGGCGGGAGGCGUCGCUUACGCAGCUGAAAUUGUGUGUCCGCAGCGAAAGAGCAAGCAGGAUGUCCUUCAAGGAUGUGCGAGAUCUGGGCGAGCAUCUCAAAUUGCUGGGUUUUCCCCGAGUCUUUCCGCUGCAGGCGCUUGCCACGCCGCACGGCAACCUGGCGAGCUUUCACAUCGUUGCCGAGCUGCUGCAGUGGCUGGCCGGACUGCUGGAGCCGGGUGCUGUGCUCGCCGGCGGCGUGGAAUCGGAGGAGCAGCGUGUGAUGCUCAUACGCUCCGCUACAGAGUUUUUUCUGACCAAAUCGGCCAUACGACUGAAUCCACGCAAGCUGUACGCGGCGGCUGCCGUCAGUGCCACGGAACUGCAGAAGAUCACGCGACUGCUGAUUGCACCCACGCAAGCGGAGGAGGGCGUGGAUCGGGAGGAGGAACGCGAGCGCGACCAAUAUCGCAGUCUCAAUCAGGUGGAUAUUGGCGACAAAAUGGAUGAGCUGCGUCGCGCUCGUGAGCUAUCCUCGGACCUAACACAACGCGGCGCCGCCCUCUUCGAUCUACUGUCCAAGGAGCUGGUUAACAAGGAGGCGCGCCUCGCCCAGGCGCAACGUCCCAUGGAGCUACUCGGCGUGGAGCGCACCAUGAAGAAUGCCAUACAGGCCAACCAGCUGAAGUUGCAGUCCAGUCGCGCCCAGCUGGAGAAUGCCCGCGUCGAGCUGAACGCACUGAAAUCCAAAUUGCAGCGCAAGCGCGCGGAACUGGAACGCACCAAGCAGCGGCUGGAUGCGCUUCAGAAGAUUCGGCCCGCCCAUAUGGCCGAAUUUGAAGAGUGCGAAAAGGAGCUGCAGCAGCUGUUCCAACGUUACUUUCUGCGAUUACAUGUGCGCGAUGCGCUGCGAACUCAAAUGGAGAUGCGCACCCAGCGCCGUGCCACGCCCAUCUCAUCACCAUUGCUGCAGAAACCGGCUGAGAAUUCGAUGCCAUUUAUACCGGAAGGCCUGAUCGAGGACGAUGACGACGACGACGACAACGAUGAUGAUGAGGAUGAAGGGAUGGGCAGCGGAUUGGCGCGUGAGAGCUCCUUUGGCCUAGACUCGGAAAUACCAGAUAUACGUGACGAGGAUCUGAUCCUGCAGCGCAGUAGACUUGCUAAAGCCGGCUCAGCGGCGCCGAGCAAGCGUCCCGGCACGGCCACCUCACGCAUACGUCCCACAACCGGACGCACUCGUCGAGAGACUGCAGCGGCUGCUGCGGCUUCCUCAAGCGUUGCACCGGCCACACGCAACGGUCGCAAUGGACCAGGCAGCAGCAUGCUCAACCGCCGCGACGAGGACGACAGCAGCUUUGGCAGCUCCGACAGCGAACUGGACGUGGGUGACAUAAUGGGCAUGAGCGGGCUCAGCGGCGCCGCUGGCACUGGCGACGAUGAAUUCGAUCUCAACUCCAUCGACGACAUUAGCAUAUCGAAGCUAACGGGUGAACUGCCGAUGCGACCCAAAACAGCCAGCAAGCCGGAACACCACAGCGACGAGGACUUCUAGCCAGAUCCAAUCAGAUGAU